AUACCAAAACAGGUGUAGCGUGCAAGCCGAAUCGUUACCAACUUCUACGGGUAUAAAUACAAGGGAUUCUUUCAAAAGAAAUAACUGGAGCUGGAAGAUUUUCCUUCGUGUUGAUUAUCAAGGAAGCAAACCACUUUUACUCACCCUCCGACGACUGAGCGAGAUCAUCAUGAAGGGGGCACUGUUUAUAAUUGUAUCAUGUGUGCUGAUAGGCAAUGUGCUGGUCGACGCAACCUUUUUCAACUAUCCAUCAUCGUCAUCGGAAUCAUCGGAGUUCGAUUGUGCUAAUCUGAACACCACAAUUGUCAAUACUUAUUCACUAUCUACAAUCAUGAGUUACCUGGAAUGUUAUGGUCUUAAAAUCGAGGACUACACAAAUUGUGGUAUUAUUUACGAUGACGCUGCGUCUUUUUCUAAAGCGAAGGCAUCCGAAUUGACUCCAUGCCAAAUUGUAGAAAUCAUUGAUCUUCUAAAAGAGAUCAAACAGAAAUUUUGUGACGAGGCUACAACUGCUCCAACACCGACAACUACAACCGCACCAACACAGGCAACUACAACCGCACCCACACAGGCAACUACAACCGCACCAACACAGGCAACUACAACCGCACCAACACAGGCAACUACAACCGCACCAACACAAGCAACUACAACCGCACCAACACAGGCAACUACAACCGCACCAACACAAGCAACUACAACCGCACCAACACAGGCAACUACAACCGCACCAACACAAGCAACUACAACUGCACCAACACAGGCAACUACAACCGCACCAACACAGGCAACUACAACCGCACCCACACAGGCAACUACAACCGCACCAACACAGGCAACUACAACCGCACCAACACAAGCAACUACAACCGCACCAACACAGGCAACUACAACCGCAGCAACACAGGCAACUACAACCGCACCAACACAGGCAACUACAACCGCACCAACACAAGCAACUACAACCGCACCAACACAGGCAACUACAACCGCACCAACACAGGCAACUACAACCGCACCAACACAGGCAACUACAACCGCACCAACACAGGCAACUACAACCGCACCAACACAAGCAACUACAACCGCACCAACACAGGCAACUACAACCGCACCAACACAGGCAACUACAACCGCACCAACACAGGCAACUACAACCGCACCAACACAAGCAACUACAACCGCACCAACACAGGCAACUACAACCGCACCAACACAGGCAACUACAACCGCACCAACACAGGCAACUACAACCGCACCACCGCCUGCGGUUGGUGGAGGCCAGGCUGGUAAUUCCGUUCGCUGAAAUGCUAAUUUGUGGUACGGAGCCUUUUAAGUGCCAUCGACUUGGCAAGAUACUUUAUCUUGCAAUGUCGACAUAAUAGGCUAACCUUAUUAUGUCGACACGGCAAAAUACGUUAGCUUGCAAAGUUGACUUAUGAAAAGUAAUAUGUCAACGUGGGGAGAUAUUUUAUCUAGCCAAGUCGACUUACAAAAAGUUAUAUGUCAUCUUGGCGAGAUAUUUGGACUCUCGCCGGGCCUUGGACACUUCAUAUCUCGCCAUGUUGACAUAUCAUGUUUUUUAAGUCAACUUGGCGAGAUAACGUAUCUCGCCAUGUC